AUGAUACAAAUCAUUUGGUUCAGCUUUUUGCUUUGCAUCGUUUUGGCUAAGAAUGGAAGUAUCUCUCCGCUAAAUCUCGACAUCGAUGACAUCACAUGGGAUGACUGUAGCAAUGGGUACUUCUCAACUAGUUCCAAUAUCCUUGAUAAUAGCAAUUUGGAAUCGAUUCUGGGUUCAGGCAUGGAUAUUCAUAACAACGAACUAGAAAUUUCUGCUGAGAAUUUGCAAAAUAGCAUUUCAUUUCAUUCUUCGCACUUCGAUUUUACUGAUUUGUGGAAAAAUGAACACAGAAGCAAUGAGGAUUCGAAAAUCGAAACCGUUCCAAUCACAACAGGAAAUUACCAGUUGCAAGAAUUAUCGAGAACAGAUGGCGAGAAUAUGCAUGCUAGUAUUUCGUCCGAUCCUCUGCACUUCUUAGAUUUCACUCAUUUCCACAAAAUUGAAGAUGCAAGCACUGAACAACUCGAAAGAAAAACUGAUCUCGUUAAUGCAAAAAACUUGGAGUUAUUUGUUCUACAAAAUCCCACCAUUACAGAUGAGAAAAAUUACGUGUGUCCCCAUGUCGGGUGUACUAUGAAAACUAAGAACUACAACGAAUACAUAGCUCACAGGAAAACGCACCCCAAACCUUUUAUUUAUGAAUGCAAAGUGCCCGGUUGUGGGUUAAUAUUUAAUUAUCGUUCAUCGUUGUUCAGUCAUCGGCAGACACACGAACUUAAGCCUGAAUGUGAAAACUGUGGCAGAAUUUUCAGCUAUAAGAAAAAUUACGAGUGUCCCCAUGUCGGAUGUACUAUGAAAACGGAGAAUUAUAGUGAAUACAUAGCUCACAGAAGAACGCAUCCCAAACCUUUUACUUAUGAAUGCAGAGCGCCCGGUUGUGGAAGAACAUUCAGUAAUCCAUCAACAUUAGUCAAUCACCAGGAAAUACACGGGCCUAGAUCUCAUUGCGGAAACUGUGGCAAAAUUUUCAUCCAUAAGAAAAAUAUGAACUAUCAUAGACAGUGCUGCACUAAAGUUCCACAUUAG